AUGAAUCCCUUCUACUCUACCUUAUCCACUCUCCGAGAGUAUCUCUCAACCCCCUCCAACGCCUCAACGUUCACCAAGACCGGCCAGGUCACCCCCGAAGAGUUCGUCGCCGCCGGCGACUACCUCGUCUACAAGUUCCCCACCUGGUCCUGGGCCCCAGCGGACGCAGCCAAACGUGUCACGCAUCUCCCCGACGAUAAACAGUAUCUCGUUCUCCGCAACGCGCCCUGUCACAGCCGUGUCGACGACAGCUUCUCAUCGUGGAACCCGGGCGAAGCAAAGGACGGAGAGGACGAGUGGGAGGAUAACGCACCUACAUUCGCUACCACCACUGAUCCUAACGGGGAAGCUCCCGAGGUGGCAAAAGUAAAGACGGUAGACGAGGCCGGGGAGGAGGAAGAGGAGGAGGACGAAGACGACAUCCCCGAUGAAGAGGAGGAUGAUGAUGAGGCAAUCAUCAAAGAGGCCCCGAAGGCUAGAGCAGGAGGCAGAGGUGUUAAGGCACCUCUCCGCACGUACAACCUGUACAUUACCUACUCCGUCUACUACCGCGUCCCACGCUUUUACCUCUCCGGCUAUGACGGUUCCACCCGCAUGCCCCUCAACCCCCCUACCGUCAUGUUCGAAGACAUCGCGCCCGACUAUCGCGAGAAGACCGUGACGAUCGAGGAGUUCCCGCCCAUGGAUGGCAGUGUGCAGAUGGCGAGCGUGCAUCCAUGCCGUCAUGCUGAGGUCAUGAAGCGCAUCUUUGAAAGCAUGGCCCGAAGACGCGAACGCGAAGAGUGGGAGGAGGUUCCUGCAGCGGGCGAGACCGAGGAGCAGGAGAGCGCUGAUGAUGGAGGCCUCAGGGUGGACCAGUACUUGGUGGUCUUUGUGAAGGUGAUUGCUGGAGUUGUGCCCGGGGUUGAAUUGGACUAUACGAUGGGUAUCUAG